AGAUUAAGCACAUACACCUUGUAUUCUCUUCUUCUUCUUCUUCUUCAUCUUCAUCUUCUUCUCAUAACUCAGCCAUGGCUUCUUCUUCUGGGAAAUCCUUCAUCACAGCUUUGCUUGUGGCUCUCACAUUCUCAAGCAUGAUGAGUUCAAGUUUAGCAGCUCGUCGUCUUCUUCAAACGACCCAGCCUGCGAUACCAAACAUGCCUGGAAUUCCAAGUAACUUGCCUAAACCUACAGGAUUACCACCUUUGCCUUCAAUCCCAAGCAAUAUUCCUCCAUUGCCUACAAAUCUCCCAAAUAUGCCAAAACCCAAUGCACUUCCUCCUCUUCCUUCUAUGCCUCAGAUCCCAACACUCCCACAGGCCACACUUCCUCCACUGCCUAACAUUCCUUCUAUUCCCAAAAUUCCUACCACUCUGCCAUCCAUCCCUUUCCUUUCUCCUCCUCCUUCCAAUUAAUAUCACAAAACAUGGUUCACUAGCUUGUUCCUCAUCUUGGUGUUAUCAUAGUUGCUUCAUCUAUCAUUGUAUCUGGUGGUGCUCGGCAGCAUGCCGGCAUAUAUACGUAUAAUUCAUUAUUUUUAUAGGUUUGAAUUGCUUUAUCUUACUAUGUCUGUGUUUCUUCUCUUUCCGAUCGAUGUGAUGACAUUUAGAACAGUGUAUUAUUUUUUCUUUUAUUGAUUGUAAUCUUUGUUUUCACACUUACUAUUAUACAAUAAUGCAGUGAAUGCAAUGUUCAGCUUCUAUCUCA